AUGGCCACCACAGACGCAAAUCCAGGCCAAGGGAGUGUGUCUCCCAGGGGCCAAGACACUCCCCAAUUCUACAAUGCCGCCAAUCACCCCGGGGCAGAUCCUUUUGUUCUCUACGACUCCAGCAGCGGCCGGUACUACGCUUAUUCCACCGAGGGCGCAGACCAAGGCUACCGGUUCGCCAUCUACAGCAGCCCAGAUCUCUCCACCUGGCACAAACACCCUGGAGGCGCGUUGAAGAGCUGCGGGAGCGGCCAGGUCGAGGACGGCCAGGGCUGCUGGGCGCGGGACUGGUUUUGGGCGCCCGAGACGUACCACAACGAGAAGACGGGAUGGUACUUCUUCUUCUUCGCUGCGCGUCUGCGCACCAACAUGACCAAGGACCACUUCCGCUACUCGGCGUUCGAGGAGCCUUCCAAGCUGGGGGUCGCCGUCUCUCGCUCUCCCACGGGACCGUUCAAAGAGAUCAAGCCAGAGCCGAUCGAUUACUACCCUUAUGACCCGGAUUACUACGACGUCAACCUCAUCAUGGAUGAGAAGCAGAUGCUGCCGCCCAGGACUCUCGAGGAGGGCCAGACGGCGCCCAAGGGCACGUACAUUCCGACCAUCGAUCCCAAUAUCUUUUUCGACAACGACGGGCGCAUUUAUCUCUACACAUCACGCAACGCAUACAGAAACUGGAAUUGGGACAAGGACCUGGGCAAGUACAUCGAGGAAUCCAACAUCAUCGCAGUAGAGCUGGAGCGCGACUGGUGGGAUGACCCGACGGCAACGACGAUGCCCAACAUCGUGGCCUCGCAGAUUGAUCUCCACGGCAGCGCGCCCGGCCUCCCAGACGACAUCGCGUCCUACAACGGCACCGGCGAGAUUGGCCAGCCGCCUCGGAAGGACGGCUGGACGACAGUCCUCUCCUACGGGGCCGAUCCUCAAGAGUGGGAGAACUACCACGUGGAUGACUACAGCCAGACCAAGGGCACCAAGAAGGAUCGUCGCUGGUCCGAGGGCAGCACCCUGCUGACGCGCCCCGAUGCGAGGACAGGCAAGCCCGUGUAUCUGCUCACAUUCAGCGCAAACAACUUCGAGGCGUCCAAUUACGGCGUGGGCUUUGCGACGGCGGAAUCACCGCUCGGACCCUUCAAGAAAUCUGCCAGUAACCCGGUCCUCUCUCAGGCCCCAGACGGCGGGCAUCCCAUUUACUCGACUGGGCACGGAUGCGUCGUCGCGUCGCCUCCUCGUGGGAAUCGGAGGGUGGGCGCACAGGACGUGACGCGCGAGACGCUCGAUGGAACCGAGCUGUUUUACAUACACCACGCGCGGAAUGACACUGCGAAUAGCCGAUCGAUAUAUAGCACGCGGAUGACCCUGGAUGCUAUGGCUGUUUCUUACGGAUCGGACAAUGCGAUUAGCAUGCAUCUGACUCCCCUUGACCAGCCUCUUCCCAAGGAGACGUACCCUAUCCAGAUGGAGGCCAAGCGCAUCGGGGGCAGUCUACGAGUGCGUGUAUUUUCAAAGACGGGAGCGCCUUUUGACAUCACUGAAGGCUCCAAUAGGGUCAUUGGGCUGCCUGGGGAUGUAGUCGCGACAUCGACAAAGGAGAGAGAUGGGCAUGAUGGUGUUUAUCUAGUUGACAUUGGUGACGCGUCUGUCAAGGAGUUGGCAUAUCAGCGUCUGGGUGUGGAUGGAAGCUGGACCACGGUCGCCCAAAAGAAAAUAGCAUGCGCAUAG